AUGUUGUCAAAAGCCACUCCUCUUAUGAAAAGAAGCGUGAGUUCUAUCAUCAAUGGAUCCUGGAAUCUUACACCUGAUCAGCAAGCAAUUCAAGAAGCUGCCUUAAAAUUCAGCAAAAGUGAAAUAUCACCAUAUGCAAAUGAGUGGGAUGAGAAAGGCUAUACCUAAUUAAAAUAAAUAGAAGCAUUCCUACUGGCAAGAUUAUGCUAGUUUAUAAUAAUAAAUAAUACCGUAGCAGCUAAUUAUUAUAGUCUAUUGCACAAAUUUCUAAUUGUGAGAGGCAAAUUCUCUAUAUGCCAAAAAGAUUUCCACAUGCGAAUCCUACCAUUUGGAGAUUUGCUUCAAAUGUCUUGCAAGAUCUUAAAUUUAUCUAACAGAUGAAAGAUGCUUUAAUUCAUUAUAAUUCAAUAUACUUUCCCAGAGACGUCAUCAAAAAGUCAGCUGAUCUUGGAUUUGGAGGUCUCUAUUGUAAACCCGACUUUGGAGGGAUUGGCUGCAAUAGGCUAGAAGCUUCGUUAGUAUUUGAAGCGCUCGCAACUGGAUGUGUUGGGACUACAGCAUAUAUGACAGUUCAUAAUAUGUGUGCAUGGGUUCUCGAUACUUUUGGAAGCAUAGAACAAAGGAAAAGAUGACUUCCUGAGCUGUUUAGAUAUGAAAGGUUUGCUAGUUAUUGUUUGACAGAGCCACAAAGUGGCUCGGAUGCUGCAUCAUUAAAAACUGUUGCCAAACUUGAAGGGAAUUAUUUUAUUAUCAAUGGGAGCAAGAUGUUUAUUACUGGUGGUGACGCAAGUGAUUUAUAUUUGGUUAUGUGUAGAACUGGACCUAAAGAAAUUUCCGUGGCGCUUCUUUUGGCCGUAAUUUUUACUCAGCAGGCCUUCCUCAGCGCUAUUUUUCGCAACUUUUUCCUAUCAGAUAUUCGCUUGAAAAAACUAGAAAAAAGCUUUCGACCAAAUAGCGCUAAAAAAUGCCCGCAAGAGAAAAAGUCUCUGAGGAAUGGUAUUACGCCAAAAUUUCUUGCAUUGCUGUAGAGUCACCAACCCAGGGUCUCAGUUUUGGUAGGAGAGAAGCUAAGCUGGGCUGAAAUUCUCAUCCGACUCAGCUUGUGUCUUUUGACAAUGUCAAAGUUCCGAAAGAAAACUUAAUAGGUGGGCAAGGGACUGGCUUUAAAAUUGCUAUGCAAGCUUUGGAUGGAGGAAGGAUCAACAUUUCAAGCUGUGCCUUAGGCGGUGCCUGAUUUGCAUUAGCACAGGCGCAGAAUUACAUGCAAGAAAGAAUGCAAUUUGGGAAGAGACUGGUUGAUCAUCAAUAUUUACGAUUCAAAAUGGCUGAAGCACUAACAAAGCUAACGGGAUCGAGAAUUAUGGUAAGGCAUGCAGCUGAUAUGCUAGAUCAGCAUAAUCCAGCAAAAAUUACCAUGGGAUCAAUGGCGAAGCUGUUUUCGACUGAUAAUUGUUUUGAUGUUGCCAAUAUGGCACUGCAAAUGCACGGAGGAUAUGGAGUGAUGAGAAGCUAUGGAGUCGAAAGAGCCUUCAGAGAUCUGAGGAUAUUACAGAUUGUAGAAGGAACUAAUGAAAUAAUGAGACUGGUUAUUGCCAGAGAAAUGUUCAAGGACCAAGACGUCCAAGGCUAA